GAUAGAGUGAAUGCGGGGUCCGGGGAGAGCGGAUAGAGUGAAUGCGGGGGUCCGGGGAGAGCGGAUAGAGUAUGAAUGCGGGGUCCGGGGGAGAGCGGAUAGAGUGAAUGCGGGGUCCGGGGGAGAGCGGAUAGAGUGAAUGCGGGGUCCGGGGAGAGCGGAUAGAGUGAAUGCGGGGUCCGGGGGAGAGCGGAUAGAGUGAAUGCGGGGUCCGGGGGAGAGCGGAUAGAGUGAAUGCGGGGUCCGGGGAGAGCGGAUAGAGUGAAUGCGGGGUCCGGGGAGAGCGGAUAGAGUGAAUGCGGGGUCCGGGGAGAGCGGAUAGAGUGAAUGCGGGGUCCGGGGAGAGCGGAUAGAGUGAAUGCAGGGGGGGGGGGGGAAAGGUCCGGGACUGGAAGGGGGGGGAAAGCGUCCGGACUGGAAGGGGGGGGGGGGGAAAGCGUCCGGACUGGAGGGGGGGGAAAGCGUCCGGACUGGAAGGGGGGGGGAAAGCGUCCGGACUGGAAGGGGGGGGGGGGGGAAAGCGUCCCGGACUGGAAGGGGGGGGGGGGGGGGGAAGCGUCCGGACUGGAAGGGGGGGGGGGGGGAAAGCGUCCGGACUGGAAGGGGGGGGGGGGGGAAAGCGUCCGGACUGGAAGGGGGGGGGGGGGAAAGCGUCCGGACUGGAAGGGGGGGGGGGGGGAAAGCGUCCGGACUGGAAGGGGGGGGGGGGGGAAGCGUCCGGACUGGAAGGGGGGGGGGGGGGAAAGCGUCCGGACUGGAAGGGGGGGGGGGGGGGAAAGCGUCCAGACGUCCGGACUGGGGGGGGGGGGGGGAAAGCGUCCGGACUGGAAGGGGGGGGGGGGAAGCGUCCGGACUGGAAGGGGGGGGGGGGGGGAAAGCGUCCGGACUGGAAGGGGGGGGGGGGGGGAAGCGUCCGGACUGGAAGGGGGGGGG